UGUUCCGCCGUCGCGGCCUCCGAUCUCCGAUUGUUCUUCUCUACACCGCCAUGGCUGCACCCGAUGGCGAUGGAGUGAUCCUUUCCGAUCUAUCGCAGAGAGUGGACAAGGAAAAGCGCCCUCGAUGCUUACCAGAAAAUCAUCGGUUCCGGAUCCGUCCACCCAUCCACCACCCCAGCUUCAUGGACGAUCCUCCCCCCGAAUCGAUCGUCCUCGACGCCCAGGCCUACCUCGACGACCGCACCAAUGCCUCCACCGCCGAGGGCUGCACGGCCCGCGGCCAUCGCAUCAAGGUGACCUUCUGGAUUUCACACCCACCGCGCGUGUCAUAUUUCACCGUGCACUUUCCGGAUCUCCCUGAACCCUCGGGCAAGAUCGGCGAGUUGCCCCGGAUCGUCCGCACCGACGGCGACCUCGUCCUACUCCGUGUGUCCGUCUGCCCUCCCGGUCUCCGCCUCCGCCCGGAAUUCAAUGACCACAUCAUCUACCGGGCCGGCAGCAAGACGCUUCAGGUACUCCCCCGCAAUCCAGACCGCAAGCGCUUACCUUGUGACGAGCAAGUUGGUCUCCUCAAUUGCCAUGACGACACCGGCAGGUUCUUCGUAGCCGCUCUCUCUUCAGUUUACCGCCGUGGGCAUUACAAGCUCGAGCUGUACGAUUCCAGGAAACGCAUAUGGAGCACCAAGCCCAUGUAUGUUGAGUCGUCGCAGGCUCAUGACUACUCUUUCACUAGCACAACCAAAGUGAUCACCAUCGGAGGGAAACGAGGUUCAAUCGGCUUCGUUGACCUCUUGCAGGGUAUCCUCAUCUGUGAUGUGCUUAUGGGGGAUGACAAUAUCCUUCGCUACAUCCGGUUGCCCUUUCUCAUGGCUCCGAACAAGUUGUGCCGAGACCCUCCGACGUGCGAUCGGGACAUCACCGUCAGUCAGGGCUACAUCAAGUACUUUGAUAUGUGUGUUCAUGCUGAGCCUGGCUCGUGCAUUGGCACCUCCUACACUUCCCAAGACUGGGAGGCCGCCACAUGGAAAUGGGUGGAUUCUGAGAAGAAUUGGCACAUGGAGUACAGGCUCAAAGCUUCCAAUGUCCUGGUGGACAAGAGUCACUAUGAAUUGCUUCCUAAUCCUCUUCAUCCCCAUGGGCCUACAGAGAUGAAGCCAACUUUGAGUAGACUCCAUGUGGGCCAUCCUGCUCUGAGCAUGCAUGAUGAUACUGUGUACAUCAUGGCCAAGGUUCACCACAUGGACAGCCAUAAGGCGUGGAUGCUUGCUGUUGAUAUGAGGAACAAGACUCUAAAUGGAGUGGCUGAUUUCAGGCCUGAAAGAACCUAUCGUUUCGAUUUGACGUACCUUCAAAGCAAGAUCUCCAAGCAUCUGGCCAAAAGGUCUUCCAACAGGUAACUAUUAUACGUGAGCGCGCCUAUUUGUAUCUCUAGUCGCGUAGAGGCCCGUUAACCUGCUGUUUUCUGGAAUUAAUAAUUAUGCAGUUCAACUAAUACGUAUAUGUGCUUGACAGUCUGUCACUUUGAAGGAGAAGUUUGUCAUCAUCUGUUGAAGUUUCGGACUACUGCUGAUCAACGAAGGCAAGAUAUGGUUUAUGCCACUUAAUAUUUAUGGAGUCUGUUAGUGCCCCAUUUGGCACAAAGAUCAUGCUCUUAGUGGGCAUGAGUUACAGGGCGGUUGCACCAAGGUGAUGGGAGCAUUUGCUACAUGAUUCAGAAGUUGGGGCAUUGGAACAGAGAGUACUGGACUUGAAGAUAUUGAAGGUGUAUGAGUAAAGAUAGUGAUGUGGACCAUGUUUGAGCAAUAUUCUGAUUAUGUUUGAUGUGUCUUGCUGAACUAUCUCAUGCUUUUCGAUCCUCUCAACUGUUAAGACUCCAUAAUUGGUCUGUUUAAUACUUUUUUUUAUCUA